AUGGAGGCGCCCAAGAGAAGCGCGGUGGUGGAGGAAGACGAGUCGGAGGACUACACCGGCGACGAAGAUGCCGAAAGCGAAGAGGCAUCGGAGGAAGAGGAGGGAACAGAAAGCGAAGAGGCAUCGGAGGAGAGCGACGAGGAGGCACCCCUCGUCCGAGAAGAACAACAAGAGGAGCGCAACCACGACCGAAGCAAAAAAGUCGGGCGCAAGCCAUCUCCACGACGGAGCCCGCCCAAAGCCCGGAAAGGCGCGAACAAGCACACUCACGACGAUGGAGACCAGGACCAACAAGAUGUUGAUGGCAACGUGGAUGGGCAUCGCUUCGGCGGGGCCGCCAAGGGAAGGCCAAGGACCCGGCACAGCAGCGACGACGCACUGACGCGGGUGCUGCUGUGGAACCGGGGCCUGAGCGCGUUGCUGCAGUGGGCGUUCAUUCGGUGGUCGCGGCUGCUCCACAAGUACCCCGUCGUCAUCAUGCUCCUGUCGGCCGUCAUCUACGGCGGCCUCGGCUUCGGCCUCUUUCUCGAGGACCAGCAAGACGACCAGCCCCGGCUGUGGCUGGACGAUGGGAGCGCCUACGUCACGAACGAGGACUACCAGAAGCAGGUGUUCGGCGAGCACGAGGAACUCUUCAUCAUCACCGCCAAACGGAGUGGGGCGGACCUGUUAUCGCCGGACAAGCAGGUGAUAUCGGCCAACGAAUCGCGCACGUACCUGGAGGAGAUGUACCGGCUGCACGCGAUGAUGUUCAACGUGUCGGUCGAGUGGAAGAACCGCACCUACACCCUCACCGACCUGUGCGUGCACCCCAAUCCGGCCAAGUCGCACGUGUGCCGCUACUACUCGGUGCUCGACUACUGGGGCUUCAACCUCACCGCCAUCCAGGCCGACCCCGACCCGCACCUCAUCGUGGGCGGGCCGCCGCAGCAGACCUCCUUCCGCCAGCCGCUGCUGCGCAACCUGGUCGUGGGCGGGAUGACGCUCACCGGCGUGAACGGCUCGCUCGAGCGCGCGUCGGCGUUCAAGUCCCUGAUCUACGUGCGCGCCUCGCAGGCCGCGACGGACGCCAACCCGGACUACCCGGCGAUCGUGGCCGCGUGGGAGGACGCCCUGGUGUCCAACACGACCCAGUUCUCCCAGGACUCGCCGCUCAUCGGCGUCUACCUCGUGCUCCAGGCGUCGCUGACCGACAAGCUGAUCGCCCAAAUGGUGGGCGACGAUUGGCUGUUCUUCCUCUCGCUCGGCUGCAUGUUUGUGUUCCUUAUCGGCACUCUGUACUCUUUCGACUGCGUGAUUUCCAAGGUGCUGUUGACGGUGGCGGGCAUUGUCCACGUGGUGUUGGCCGGCGUGGCGGCCACGGGCCUCAACGGGUUCCUGCGCAUCACCAUCACCCCGCUCUCACAGACCCUCUACUUCCUGGUGAUGGCGCUGGGCAUCAACCACAUCCUCCUCCUGGUGCACGCCUACGAGCGCACGCUGAUCGAGGACCUGACCACGUCGCCGGGGCUCAACCCGUUCCGCAAGGUCAAGGCCCGCGACGCCAACCCCGAGCUCGUGAGACACCUUGGCGACAAGUCGAACCAGGACGUGGUGGUGGUCGACGAUGAGUACUGGAUCAACGGGGCCAUGGCCAAGGCCUGCCCCACCAUCACCAUCGAGUGCCUGAUCGAGGUCAUCGCCUUCCUGGCCAUCUCCAUCUCCCCCAUCCCCGGCCUGCGAUCAUUUGGGCAGCAAGCCGCGUUGGCCGUGGGCACGGAGUACCUGCUCCUCAUUUCGUUCUUUGCGUGCUGCCUCAUUCUCGACUCUCGCCGCAUCAUGAAAUACCGUUCGGACAUCUUGCCCUGCAUCUCGUGCUACCCCGACGUCGACGACGUGGACCAGGUCACCUCCACACGCUCCGCGCAAUCGGCCACCUCCGAGGACGAGAAAGAGCAGCACGCGCCGAAGGGCUCGGGCAGCUCCGACCCGGAGACAAUGGAAGACUUCUCGGAGAGCAGACCGACGGCCUCGAUUCAGUACUCUCCCGGGGAGUCUGUAUUGCCCGCAGAAGAAGAGGAAGCCUCGGGUCAGGUCAUCAUGAUACGCGAGAGGCCGGGCGCGGCCAACAGGAAGAGGGGCACCAUCCUGGUGCCGCUCAUGUCCCGCUACCUGGCACCGUUCCUUCUCUGGACACCCGUGCGGGUCAUCCUGGUACGCUCGUUUAA